UUAGACUUAAAUAAGGUGAUGGCGUGUGACUAUUUGCUUUCGAUCAAAACACAGAUUUAAGUGGCGUCAGCUAUUAAUUCUGAACAUUUCUGCUGGUUUAUGGACACAUUCUUAUAACAUUUCUUUCUUUAUCUCCACAGACUUUGCUGCUGCAAGAAAAGACCAAGAGAGAUAGACUGUCUACAGAUGGUAGAAGUAGAAGGACACCCAGAGAUAAAAGGAGGAUCCCCAGAGAUAAAAGGAGGAUCCCCAGAGAUAAAAGGAGGAUCCCCAGAGAUAAAAGGAGGAUGCCCAGAGAUAAAAGGAGGAUCCCCAGAGAUAAAAGGAGGAUCCCAAGAGAUGGAGGGAGUACACACAAUGAGAGAAGAAGACACAGAGGAAGAAGGUGUCCUAGUGGUAAAAGUAGAUGAAAUACCGAUCAUGAAGGAGCAAAGCGGAGAUAUGGAAGGAGGAAUCACUGAGAGGAACGAAAUGCACACACAGCUGACUGAAGUGUGCACAAUAACGGAAAAAAGACACACAUCGACGGAAGAAGUUGCAGCGAUGGAAGAAGAACUCUCAGUGAUUAAACAAAAACUUGCAGAGACGCAAGAACUCGCAGUGAGGAAAGAAGAACUCACAGUGAGGGAAGAACAACUUGCAAAGAUGCAAGAACAAUUUGCAGAGAUGCAAAAACGCGUAGCGAGGAAAGAAAAACUCGCAAAGAUGCAAAAAAAAAUUGCAGAGGCGCAAAAACUCGCAGUGAGGAAAGAAGAACAACUCGCAGUGAGUAAAAAAGAAAAACUUGCAGUGAGGAAAGAAGAAAAACUCGCAGUGAGGGAAGAACAACUUGCAAAGAUGCAAGAAAAAUUUGAAGAGACGCAGGAACUCGCAGUGAGGAAAGAACUCCUUGCAGUGAGGGAAGAACAACUUGCAAAGAUGCAAGAAAAAUGUGCAGAGGCGCAGGAACUCGCAGUGAGGAAAGAAGAACAACUUGCAAAGAUGCAAGAAAAAUUUGCAGAGACGCAAGAAAAAUUUGCAGAGACGCAAAAACGCGCAGUGAGGGAAGAACAACUUGCAAAGAUGCAAAAAAAAAUUGCAGACACACAAAAACUCGCAGGGAGGAAAGAAGAAGAACAACGCGCAGUGAGGAAAGAAGAACAACUCGCAGUGAGGGAAAAACAACUUGCGAAGAUGCAAGAAAAAUUUGCAGAGACGCAAAAACUCGCAGUGAGGAAAGAAGAACUCCUCGCAGUUAGGGAAGAACAACUUGCAAAAAUGCAAGAAAAAUUUGAAGAGACUCAAGAACUCGCAGUGAGGAAAGAAGAACAACUCGCAGUGAGGGAAAAACAACUUGCAAAGAUGCAAGAAAAAUUUGAAGAGACGCAAAAACUCGCAGUGAGGAAACAAGAACAACUCGCAGUGAGGGAAGAACAACUUGCAAAGAUGCAAGAAAAAUAUGAAGAGACGCAAAAACUCGCAGUGAGGAAACAAGAACAACUCGCAGUGAGGGAAGAACAACUUGCAAAGAUGCAAGAAAAAUAUGAAGAGACGCAGGAACUCGCAGUGAGGAAAGAACAACAACUCGCAGUGAGGAAAGAAGAACAACUCGCAGAUAAGGAAGAACAACUUGCAAAGAUGCAAGAAAAAUUUGCAGAGACUCAAAAACUUGCAGUGAGGAAAGAAGAACAACUCGCAGUGAGGAAAGAAGAACAACUUGCAAAGAUGCAAGAAAAAUUUGCAGAGGCGCAGGAACUUGCAGUGAGGAAAGAACAACAACUCGCAGUGAGGGAAGAACAACUUGCAAGGAUGCAAGAAAAAUUUGCAGAGACGCAAGGAGAACUGUCAGAAACUAAAAAUGAACUGGCAGUGAAGGAAAAAGAACUUACAGAGACGAAAGAAAUAUUGUCAGGCAUACAAGAAACGUAUCUAGAAACACUCAUAGAGAUUGAAGAAGAAGUCGCAGCCAUGGAAGAAGAACUCGCAGUGACGAAAGAACAACUAUCAGCGACUAAAAAAGAACUUGCAGUGAGGGAACAAGAACUCGCAGUGAGCAAGAACAACUUGCAAAGAUGCAAGAGAAAUUAA